AUUGAGAAACUGAAGAAGGAGCUGAUUGAUUUGAAACAGCAAGCACAAGAAGAGAAGCAGCAGCUGGCAAACUAUUAUGCCCAACAAAUAAAAGAACUGGAAGAGAAAUUUCAGAAAAAAGUUGGAGAAAUUGGUAAAAUUCAAUUAGAACUGAAGUUAAUAGAGGAGUUCCACAGGGAGAAAGCAGCUAUGGAGAAAGAGCUGGAAGAUUUAAAAGAGAGUAUGGAGAUUUCAAACAGGAGACAUCAGGAAAUGAUUGUGAGAUUGGAGAAGAGGUUUCCUGAAGAAAAGAAAAGACUAGAAGAAGAUGUUGAGAAAAAGCAAAAAAUGAUGACAGAGACCACCCAGCGUGAGGCUGUUUUGCAGCUGAACAGCACUGGGAGAGAAGUAUUUAUGGAGAAUGUUCGUCUUCACGAUGCAUUUGCUUACCAACUGACAAUGAAAUUGCAGAAAAUCAAACAGAAGUUAGAAGAGGACAAAACUCUUCUCUUACAGGAGAAGGAAACCAGUGAGGGUUUAAUUCGAAAAAAGAUCCUGCAGAUCAAUUGCCAGAAAGCACAGAUUGGAGAGCUGCAGUGUAAAGUGGAAGAGCUGGAGAUGGCCUUACGUCGCAUGACCAGAGAAUCUGUGCAGAAAAAACAGCAUCAGGCACUGAUAGAAAACCAGGCAAGCUUGGUGGAGAUGAAGAAACUGCAGCAACUACUAGAAAUGAAGGAUCGGGAGAUGAACCGAGUGAAGAAACUAGCCCGGAAUAUCUUAAAUGAGAGGACUGAGGUGGAAAGGUUCUUCCUAGAUGCUCUGGAACAUGUGAAGCAGGAGAUCAUAUCCAGUAGAAAGCACUAUAAGAAAAAAGCCCAAAUUGCCUAUUACAGAAAAAUGAUGGAGGCAUGUGCAGGGAGGGCAGAAUUUCCCAAAAUCAAAACAUUCAAAAGCAACAUAAAUAGCACAAAUAGUGUGUACAGAGACCUAGAGGAAGCAGAGAAAUGCUACUGGGAGAAAAUCCAGUUUGAAAAAGUGGAUAUCAGUGAGCUGACAUGGGAACAAAAAGAACGUGUUCUGCGAUUGCUUUUUGCCAAGAUGAAUGGCACGAAUCCAUGGAAAUGCACCAGAGUUUUGGCUACUUCAGUUCCAGGUCCUGAUGAUACUGAAGAAGAAGGGAAAAUUGGCACAGCAAAUACUUCUCCCAACUCAAGAUUCAUUACACAGCAGGCUGAAUUAUCAAAUUCAUCAUCUUCUGCACUAAUCCUUCCCGAUAUUCAGAUGUUACCACCACAGACAGAGUAA